AUGACAAAUUUGCAAGGACAGCGAACGAUUGUGCGCUGGACCACCAUAACAGCACAGCAACUCCGUGCAUACCUAGGGCUUCUCAUCUGAGCUGGGAUGUACAAAUCGAAGGACGAGUCCACAAUGAGCCUGUGGGACAAAGAACUGAGUCGUCCGAUGUUCACCGCCACGAUGUCCGCUUUCAAGUUUAGCCUCAUCAACAGAGCUCUUCAAUUCGACGACAAGUUGCACCGGCCACGACGGCAUCCUCUCAGCAAGCUUGCACCGAUCGAGGAUGUCUGGACGAAGUGGAACACUCGCCUGCAAUUUAUGUAUUAUCCCGGCAGGGACAUCUGCGUCGACGAGCAGCUAGUCUCGUUUCGGGGCCGCUGCUCGUUCAAACAGUACCUCCCGAGCAAGCCUGCGAAAUACGGGCUGAAAGUGUGGGCAGCGUGUGAUGUAGCCACCUCCUACGCUUUGAAUUUGGAGGUGUACACCGGGAAGGCUCCAGGGGCUCAGCGCAACUUAAGCGUUGGAAUGGGAGUGGUGCUGCGACUCUGCAGUAAUCUAAACGGCCACACCGUGACAACGGACAAUUUUUUUACAUCGUUCCCCCUGGCUGCGGAGUUGAAAAAAAAAAGGAUCACCUUGGUGGGCACUCUCCGAAAAAAUAAAGGGAAACUUCCACCAUUGCUCCUGAGGUCAUUCACCAGGCAGCCACUUUCAAGCCUAUUUGCCUUCACAAAGGGGUGCACUUUGGUAUCGUACAUCCCCAAAAAAGGCAAAAUUGUGCUCCUUAUGAGCACAAAGCACCAUGAUCCAGAGGUGGUGGAGGGAGAGAGACACAAACCAAGGAUGAUCCUCGACUACAACAGCAGCAAGGGAGUGGUGGAUCACCUGGACCAGGCAUGUGCCAAUUAUUCCUGUCGGCGACGGGCGCAGAGAUGGCCCAUGUGCCUUUUCCAGCACAUGGUCGACGUGUCAGCAUUCAAUGCCUUUGUGCUGUUUGCACAAAUCAAGCCAGACUGGAACAGCCAGAAACUGUACAAAAGACGGCUUUUUCUUCUGGAAGUGGCGAAGGCCCUUGUUUCGCCCGAAAUAUCCAGGAGAGAGCGUCAGAGGCCCCACCAAAGUGCACAGCCAGCUGCACAGGCACUUUCUGCAGGUGAGCUGCCAGUUGCAGUUCAGCAGGAUGUCGUGAAAAGAAGGCGACAAUGUCGGCUUUACUCUGCUGCACUGAGAGCGUCAAACGAGUGUGCCGCAUGUGGCAUUCCCAUGUGCUACAAGCACACGAAAAAAAUAUGCAUGAACUGUUAA